AUGUCUUACCAAACACCUGAACAGACCCCAUCAGCUCGCUUCGGGGGCGGAGAUAAUCCCAGUAUUCCCAAGAAAGCUGCUGAAAUCACCGGCGAUACGAAUCGUGACAUCACUCAAAGCUACAGGGAUCCAGAUAUCACUCAAAAAAAGAAGGAACCACUCUUAUCUUCAGAGGGUGGCAUCGGCAAACAAUUCAACCCUGAGGGUAAUAUCGGGCAAAUCGGAAACAAAAUUGGCGGGCCUUUCAGCGAAGAUGGGAUGAUUGGAAGUCAAUUCGAUGCAAGCAAGGAAGGCAUCGCGGGCAAAGUUGAAAGGGCCGUUGGAGGGCCCCGAAAGGAUACCUAA